UUAACAUUCAUUAAGUUUCAUGAAAUGGCUGAAGAAACAGAACUUGAAACGCUAAAUCAGCUGAGUUCCUAUGGAAACAUUGGCCAAGAGCUACUAGUAUGUCAAUACAUUGAGAAACACGCAACCAAGGGCAUAUAUCUUGGAGAUAACCCCCUCCAUCACACCACUGCUAUCCUAAUAAUUCAGAUUAUUUUUAUAUUUGUUGUUGGUAAAAUUACUCAUCUCUUGUUGAAACCCUUUCAUCAAACCCAGCUCAUUUCACAGGUUGUGGCUGGCAUCAUCUCGGGUCCUAUAUUACUUGGUCGAUACCAAAAAAGUUUUGACAUGGUAUUUCCAACGGCAAGCUUAAUGACACUUUCAACAUUUGCAGAAUUUGGCAUGAUAAUUUACUUCUUUAAAAUGGGGGUGCAGAUCAAUCCCAAACAGAUUUUAAAGAUUGAAAAGCAGGCGGCUAUAAUUGGUUUAGUGGGACACAUAUCUUCUAUAGUGUUUGGUAGUGUAGUUUUAACUCUUGUUCAAAGAUUCUCCCCUCUCAAGGAUGAAGUGGCUGGUGUUGAAGGUUUGAUAUUUCUUGAAUCAUUGACUGCAUUUUCUACUAUAAGUAGAGUUCUCAGCGAGAUGAACAUUCUCAAUUCAGAUAUUGGACGUGUAGCUUUAUCUGCUUCCAUGGUUAAUGAUGCAAGCUCGUGGAUUUUGUUUUUUGUUAUAGUCAACGGUGCUAGAGCCUUACAAGAAACGUCAUAUAUACCUCUUCUAGCAGUGGUUGUGUCAACAUGUUUUUUCGCCAUCGUAUUUUUCCUACUAAAGCCAUUGGUUAUAUGGAUUUCCUAUCGUAAUCCACAGGGAAAGCCUAUGAGAGAAAGCCAUUUUUUGGCAAUUAUGUCUAUACUUCUAUUUCUUGGAUUCUCCGCUGAAGUUGCUGGACAACCUGCUUUUCUUGUUGCUUUUUGGUUUGGUUUGAUCUUGCCUGAUGGUCCCCCUUUAGGUUCUGUUUUGGCUGAAAGAAUUGAUACUGUUGGUUCUACUCUAAUUGUUCCAGCUUUCUGUACUAUAAGUGGGUUGAGAACAAUUGUUUUCCCAAUAACAUCACAGGCAAUAUGGAUAGAGGUUGUUUUACUUGCAGUACAAAUAGGAAAGUUUACAGGCACCAUUUUAUCCUCACUUCAUUUUCAAAUUGAAUUUUGGGAUUCUGUUGCGUUGUCUCUAAUCAUGUGUUGCAAAGGUCUUACAAAUCUCGCCUUCUACUCCUUCUUAUCAUACAAUAAGGUCAUCGGAAAAGUACCUUUCACCCUUGUGAUAUAUACCAUGGUGGGUUUAACUUGGUUUGCAACUAUUGUUAUUCAUUACAUAUAUGAUCCUUCAAGGAAAUACAAAAAUUACAUCAGAAAAUCAAUUAAGGACUCCGAGAAGGACCAUGAAUUUAGAGUACUUGUCUGCGUCUACAAUGAAGAAAAUGUAUAUCCUGUGAUCAAUCUUCUUCAAUCCUCUAACCCUUCAAAGGCUUCACCACUUUCUGUCUUUGUUUUACAUCUCAUGGAGCUAUCAGGUAGAGCAGCCCCCAUCCUUAAAAAAAAUGAUAAGACUAACAAGUCAAAUCUUUAUGGAGAGGAUUCAUCUCAACACAUAAACAAUGCCUUUGAUCUAUUUCAACAACACAACAAAGGGAAUGUUAUGUUGCAGUGCUAUACUGCAAUUGCACCAUUUUCAAGCAUGCACGACGACAUAUGUUGCGUUGGAAUGGAUACAAAUUCUCACUUUGUAAUUAUGCCAUUCCAUAAGCGAUGGUCCAUCAAUGGAAAUGCAGAGGUGUCCAAUGCUUUAAUUCGAACAGUAAACCAAAAAGUUUUGAGUAAAGCUCCUUGUUCAGUUGGAAUCUUAAUUGAUAGAAGUGAAAUGCGAGGAAAAAUGUUAGUUAUUUAUGAGACAUCACUUUGUGAAAUUGCAAUGAUCUUCUUAGGUGGUGCAGAUGAUCAAGAGGCACUUGUUUUUAGUUUGCACAUGGCUCAACAUCCAAAUAUUAGACUUACGGUGUUUUGGAUAAGGGUCAAAAUGAAACACAAGCAAAGGAGUAUGGAGAACCCUUAUAUUGAAAUUAUGGAGUAUAUAAAGUACAAUCCUAACCUUAAAGGAAAGGUGACCUUCAAGGAGGAGAUUGUGGAAGAUGGGUUAGGAACAACACAUGUUAUCAGAACAAUGGAGGGAAAUUUUAAUUUGGUCAUAGUGGGUAGACAUCAUAUAAUAAACUCUCCAUGUACACUAGGCUUGACAGAAUGGUGUGAACUCCCAGAGCUCGGGCCAGUUGGAAACCUCCUAGCCUCAGAUUUUACAUUUUCAGUUUUGGUGGUGCAACAACAACCCUUCAACUUCGAUUUUCCUGUGUAUUAGGUGAACUUAAGAAAAGAAAUAUAUGAAUAUAGGUGAACAUAUUCUUACUCUUUAACUCCAGAAGUAGAAUGUUUUUUUAUAAAUAAAUAUAAACUAAAAUUUUGAGAGUGGUUGUGUCAAAACUAACAUGCAUUCAUACCGCAACACAAUAUUUUGGGUGUUAAAUUACACACCAGGA